UUUUUUUUAUUUUUGAUUUUUAUUAUCAUAUGAGAACAGAACACUAUCAACUAUAAGCACAUCUUUAUUUUAAAGAAGGCAAAUAAUAUGUCCUUGCGUGUGGAAUGAUCUACACAAUGCCAUAUCUGAUUUGGUUAUAUCUAAUCAAUAGAUAUUUCCUCUGUAUCUUUUUUUAAGAAGAACGAAUAGGUUGAUUUACAAUGCCUUAAAUCAGUGCCAGUAGGUAACUUUUUUGCCUUCUUUCUUAUCGGGAAUAUUGUUCUGCAAAGGAGUCCUUGAGUACAUGUACUUUGUGUGCGCGUAAUCUAUCUUUGCCGGCAUUUUGUGUUCUUACCCCCCGAGUCUGCCCCUGAAAAUCCGGUUCGAGUAAAAAGCGACUUGUCAAAUAACAAAUCCAAAGCAGUAAUAAAUCCUUCUCCUUUUUGUUCAUCAACACUUUCUUGCCAGAUGAAGACUGUCACUUGCACCGCUCCCGUCAAUAUUGCUGUCAUCAAGUAUUGGGGUAAACGCGAUACCGACCUCAUCUUGCCUACCAACAGCUCUUUGUCUGUUACCUUAUCGCAAGACAUUCUUCACAGCAAGACUACUAUCUCAGCAUCUAAGGAAUUCACUCAAGACCGUCUUUGGUUAAAUGGUAUUGAAGAAGAUAUCACCAAGAAUAAGCGUAUGCACAACUGUUUCCGUGAAACUCGUGCUAUCCGUCAAGCUAUGGAAGCCAAGGCUGAAGCUGAAGGCCAACCCGUUGAACCCUUGUCUACUUAUCCUGUUCAUGUUUGCUCAGAAAACAAUUUCCCUACUGCUGCUGGCCUUGCUUCCUCUGCUUCUGGUUUGGCUGCUUUGGUCUACACGUUGGCUCAAUUGUUUGAAUUGACCAUUAGUACUUCUGAAGUAUCUCGUAUUGCUCGCCAAGGCUCUGGAUCUGCAUGUCGCUCCUUGUUUGGUGGUUUUGUUGCUUGGGAAAUGGGACAAAAGGAGGAUGGAUCUGACUCAUUAGCUGUCCAAGUUGCUCCUGAAUCACACUGGCCCGAGUUGGAAGCUUUGAUUUGUGUUGUCUCUGAUGCUAAGAAGGGUACUUCUUCUACAGCUGGUAUGCAAUCGACUAUCAAAACUAGUACUUUGAUGAACGAACGUAUCAACCAAGUUGUGCCUGCUCGUAUGGAAGCCAUGAAAAAGGCUAUUUUAGACAAGGAUUUUGAUAGUUUUGCUGAACUUACCAUGCGUGAUUCUAACCAGUUCCACGCUGUCUGUAUGGAUACCUAUCCUCCUAUCUUUUACAUGAACGAUACUUCUCGUGCUAUUAUUCAAUUGAUCCAUGAAUACAAUGCUACUUCCCCUGAUGGUAAGCUGAAGGCUGCUUAUACCUAUGACGCCGGACCAAAUGCAGUCAUUUAUGCUCCCAAGCAAAACAUGAAGGAAAUCAUUCAGUUGAUCGGCCACUAUUUCCCUUCCAACAAAGAACCCAGCGAAUUCUUUGCUGAUCCUUACCAAGUGGUUGAUGGUCCAUUGGGCCAGGACUUUGUGCCCAAGCAUCAUGCCAAGUUCAAUGAGAAUGUGAUUCCUGUUCAACCUGCUGGCAGUGUCAGUCGUUUAUUGCACACCAAGGUGGAUGAUGGACCACGCGUUUUGGAUCAAUCUGACUCUCUAUUGAAGGAAGAUGGUCUCCCCAAGAAACUUGCUUAAUUAUUUCUACUAUUAUACAAUCUAAUUAAUAAACCCUCCCUCCUUUUUUUUCUA